AAGAAAGCGGACAGAUCUGUCAGAAAUGGGGAGACCACGGGCUCUGUUUUGUAAAUGAUUUAUACAUUUCGCCUAAACAGCAGGAAGAAGCCGAACUUCUACUUCUGUUCAGGCAAAAGGAACAGUGAGCAACAGCUGAUGGUUGGAUCUCAGGGCAGAAGAAGCCGUGCUUUUCUGUAGGGAAAAACAUAAAAAAAAAACCCAGCUGCUCCGGCUGUAUUCCUGGAUGGGACUACUCGGUGCCAUUAGUCUUUCCUCAAGGACCGCCAGAUGCUGCCUGUGCCAGCUUUCUACACUCAAGUCAUGUUUUUCUACAAAAUCUGCUGUCCUGGGGGGCAGAAACAUCCUGCUGAUGGGCCCGCCUGGAGCAGGGAAGACCACAGCUGGCAAGAUUGUGGCUCAUAAAAUGGGUCUGCCCGCCAUAGACAUCGAUGACGAUGUCUUGGAGACGGCGUGGAAGAUGCCAGUGGCGGCCAAGCUGGCAGAAGUGGGCGGAAAGCGUUUCCUGGAGGAGGAAGGCCAGGCUUUGUGUAACUUCUGCGUCUCUGGCUGCGUUGUUUCCCUGACUGGUUCAAAUCCCCUCCAUCAUGAAGCCAUGCAGCACAUCAAGCAGAACGGAGUUGUCGUUUACCUGGACGUGGACAGCGAGGACAUCAUAGAGAGACUCGACAGGAUGAAGGUUAAUCGGAUAGUGGGACAGGAGGAGGGGGUGUCCAUGAGAGACAUUUUGCUCUACAGGAGGCGCUUCUAUGAGAAAUGGCUGGACGUGAGGGUGUUUUGUGGAACAGGAGACACAGUGGAGGAAGUGGCGGAGAAGGUAGUGAGGGCCGUAGAAAGAUAUCAGGAGCAUGAUGAGGAGACCUACGUUUCAACCAGGUACUCUGAAAUGUCCUAUAGAAAAACAUUCUUCAGUGACGUGGUUAUCGAGGGUCUGGCUGCAGAUGGAGGUCUUUAUGUCCCCAGGAAAGGCUUUCCAAAGAUUCCUAAAAGCGAAUGGCUCAGAUUGAUUUCUCUGUCAUAUCCAGAAAGAGCCUCUGUCUUGCUGGAAAAGUGCAUCCAUCCACACGACAUCUCUGCUUUGGACCUCAGGAGUAUGAUAUUCAAAGCUUAUGGAAGCAACUUCUCCAGCAAGAAAGUUGCACCUGUCAAACAUCUUGUCCAAAAUCAGUACGUCCAGGAGCUUUUCCAUGGCCCGACCGCCUCGUUCAAGGACCUCGCCUUGCAGCUGAUGCCUCAACUCUUCGCCUACUGCCUCCCACCGAUGUGCAACUUCCUCAUCUUGGUCGCCACGUCUGGGGACACAGGCAGCGCCGUCCUCAGCGGCUUCAGCCAACUGAGCGGCGCCAACGCGCACCGAGCCGGUGUGUUGGUGUUCUUCCCUGAGGUAGGGGUGAGUCAGAUCCAGAAGCUGCAGAUGACGAGCUUUAGGGAAGGAAACACCAGAGCAGUCAGUGUUCUGUCAGACUUUGACUUCUGUCAGAAGAGCAUCAAGAGGAUGUUUGGAGAUGCAGGGCUGACUGGGCAUCUGACUGUGGAGUACGGCACCAUCCUCAGCACCGCCAACUCCAUUAACUGGGCACGGCUCUUACCACAGGUCGUUUAUCAUUCUUCUGGCUAUCUGGAUCUUUGCAGAGAUGGUGUGAUUAACUUCGGAGAUCCUGUGGAUGUUUGCAUUCCUACCGGAAACUUCGGGAACGCCAUGUCAGCUUUGUACGCCAAGCAAAUGGGCAUCCCAAUAAGAAAAGUCAUCUGUGCGUCCAACCACAACAGAGUUGUUGCCGACUUCAUCAGCACAGGUGGGUAUGAUCUCCAGGACCGCUCCCUGCUUCUCUCCCACUCCCCUGCUAUAGACAUCCUGAAGUCCUCCAACCUGGAGAGGUUUGUCCAUCACAUCUCAGACGGAAACAGCUGCCUGGUCAAGGACUUAUUCACACGCUUGGACAUGCAGAAAUGCUUCCAGCUUCCUGAUCAUCUUCUUGGCAAGAUGCAGGAGCAAGUGCAGGCUGGCUGGUGUUCUGAGGACGAUUGCUUGGCCGCCAUCCAGAGCGUCCAUGGACAGACGGGAUACAUCAUGGAUACGCAUACUGCUGUGGCAAAGGUUGUGGCCGAUCGGCUUCAGGAUGGCUCAUGCCCCACAGUGCUCUGCUCCACUGCCCACUACGGGAAAUUUGCUCCCGCAGUGUUCAAAGCUCUGCAGAUCCAGAAUAUUCCUGAGGAUCCUGUGGAGCAGCUGAAGGAGCUGGAAGCGGCUGCGUCUAAACCAGAAGCACACAGAGAAAUGAUGAAAUGCCUGAAGGAGAGAGGCGGCAGGGGGCACAGAGUUUGUGCGGCUGAUUACAGUGUGCUGGUAGAGGAGGUAGAGGGCGUAAUACAGGACUCUUUCUUAAAAGUCACAUAGAAAAAACAGUCAUUUGAAUUAGAAUUCACAAAGAAAGUGCUUUAGCUUCGUCAUGUCAAUGAAAUAUAUACUCCUGCUGUAUUUUAAUAAAGUAGGAUGUCAUCGAAAAGAAAGGAUCAUUUAUUGAAUAAUUUAAAACAAAAUAAAUCUAUUUUCUGGCCAGAGAGAUGCAGGGAUGUUCCUUUUUUCUAAUUCGAAAUCAUCUAUAAAAAGUAUUUGUUGCAAGAAAAGAUUUCUUGGAAUCAAACCAAGAUUUAUCCACCUUUUAUCCAGAUUUUUGACAUGUCAUGUCUGCAGUAGGCGGUGGCCUCCCUAAGUUCAGAGUAAAGCUUCUGGGAUUUAUCAUUUACUGAAAUGAUGUUAAACUGAUUAUGACACCGGAGGAUACAAGUACAAUAGUUGCUAAAACAACAACCCAGUAAGAGCAGUAAUUAAUUCAAAGAUGAACAAAAAAUUAAGAAUAAUAAAUAUAUAUAUUAAAUUUGUCUUUAAAUAUGCAGAUAUAUCCAGAACUCCUAUUCGGUUAAAUGUGCUUUAUUAUAUGUGACAUAUUUCAUUGUUUUUGGCAGAAGUAGAGUUUAUUUAGAAGAGCUGAACUCCUUGAAUUGACCUGAAUUUUAGACAUAUUUGUAAAAAUCUUUUCGCCUUAAAUCAGUGGGAUUACAUUCUUUUAGGAACACUUAGCUGUGGCCGUGUUUCUGCUGACCGGCCCAAACUAUAAACCUCUAAUCAAAGUGAAUGCCUUAGAAUGGUUGGGAGUAAAUAAAGGAACCAAUAAUGUUCAAGUCAGCUUUACAUCAAAAACUCCCAAACAACCAGUUUAACCACUUUAACAGUGAGGUAGUUUAACAUCUAUGGAUUGAGAGGGUGCAGGCAUGAAAAGUGCACUGCAAAAAUGAUAAUUAGAUAAUAUGCACUUGAAAUAAGACAAUGCAAUUAUUUUUGUGUAAUUUCCAUAUUUCUUAUUUUAAAUUUGAAAUAUUUUCCAUUGAAAAUGUCUCACCUCCUCGUUUCAAGAACAAAUAUACUUAUUUUAUAAAAAAAUAACUUUUUCCAGUGGUAAUAUAUUACUCAAUUGCACCCCUUCACACAAAAGAGCCUACUAGAAUGUUCUAGUCCCAUUGAAUGAAUUUAAGGCCAUGUUAAAAUGUCAUGUAAUUCAAAAAUGUAACUGCCCUAUGUGACCUGUCUUUUCCUCUAUGUGAGAUUUUGUCUAGUUGUAUUUCUGUUUGUAUUUUAACUGGUGUGCCGUCUUGGCCAGG